UGACCAACUCGUCGUCUCCCCCACGCCCCCUUUAACUUUCCGGAAGUGAUGUACUUCAUUUUUGAUUUUUCUUCUUAGCUUCAUCAUGCCAACAACAUACAAUGUGGAAUGCGUACUAUAAUACUAUAGCGGUGACCGUUCGACGCGCAUAUGAUAGAUCUCAUCUUCUCGUGGCACCAUGAACGUGUUUGACCGCAACAUCGACUUGGAUGCUCUCUUCAAGUUCUCCCAAAUAUCUCAUUCCACCCAGGUGCACCUGAAGAAGGUCUACUCCAGCUUGGCGGCGUGCAUGUUCUUGGCCGCGGCCGGCGCCUACACGCAUGUGGUCUUGCGCCUCUUCCAGGGCGGCGUGCUGUUUGCCCUGGCAUCCCUGGCGAUGAUGGUGUGGCUGGCGGCGACGCCGCACGACGCCCGCACGGAGAAGAAGAGGCUGGCCAUCCUGGCGGGAUUCGCCUUCCUCAAUGGCGUGGGUCUCGGCCCCACACUGGACUUUGUCAUCGCCGUCAACCCCAGCAUCAUCGUUACGGCCUUCAUGGGAACCUCGCUCAUUUUCAUUUGCUUCACGCUCAGCGCCCUCUAUGCCAAACGCAGGAGCUACCUGUUCCUCGGAGGCACGCUGAUGUCCGGCGUGUCCAUCCUCUUCCUGAUGUCGCUCCUCAACAUGUUGUUUGGGUCCGUGAUGCUCUUCAAGGCUCACAUGUACCUGGGCCUGCUCGUCAUGUGCGGCUUCGUCCUCUUCGACACUCAGCUCAUCAUUGAGAAGGCGGAGAACGGAGACAAGGACUACGUCUGGCACUGCGUGGACUUAUUCCUGGACUUCCUCACCAUCUUCCGCAAGUUGAUGGUCAUCCUUGCCCUGGGCGACAAGGACAAGAAGAAGGAGAAGAAGUAGAGCGCUUGGCGCGCGCGAGUGCUGCCAGUUGGCGCCGCCCGCCCGCUCGCUCGCUACUUUGGAUUGAAUUUCUGCGGCCGACUUGUUGCCAUCCGACGGCGGGAUGGCAAACGCUUUGAUCUUUCUUUCUCGUUUCAUUUCCAUGGGUGAUUGUUUUUGCGUCCGUGUGGGCCGCCGCUUGGCCUGUAGGGGGAGUCUCGGCUCGCGUCACUUGAGGACGCCCGACCCCCAUUUAGCGAGUCGCCGCUACUCCCUUAGUUGUCGUUUUCUUCUCAAAUGUUUAGCCGAGUGUGGUUUUGACACUGGAUGCCCUUCUCCGAUGUCCUCGCGCGUCACGCUUUGAAUUUUCUCGGACUUUUUCUUUUCCCCUCCCGCCGAUGUCGGAUGGUUUGCCAAACAAAGUGAAGUGAAGCUUCCCUUUUCCAGCGCAUACUGUGAAGAAUUGAUUUUGUUCAUGUGUUCAUUUGAUACCUUUUGCCCGAAUAAAAGUGUCGAGAGCA